AUGGGGGAAUCACAAUCAUAUAACCCUAAGAUAAUAGUGCCUCAGAAAGUCAAAACCUUUCACAUGCAUGCAAAGGAAAGACAAUCUGAGCUAUUUCAAAUGGUAUUGCUAACGUAUCAAUCAUCAGCGCUGAAGGAAGCAAUAGAUGAUCUUGAAUGGCCUGGAUCAAGCGUACAGAUCAGCCUUCAAAAGUCUCCUCCUUGUGUUACUUUUAGAGGAGAAGGACACGGAGACCUACGUACAGUUUACACACUCAUGGAUCUGAUUGACAAAUCAAGAAGACUCACCAGAUGCAUUUGCUAA